UGGUGUAUUUACCUACGCAUGCAUUACUUCAUGCACGCUGCAGGGGUCAGUCUUGCACGGAGUUCUUUCGCACCUGUGCCACAAUCGGUGUCACAGUGGGGUACGUUUAUUGAAUGGUGUUGGAUUACGUAAAGUUUUCCAUUUUCAUGUGCCUAUUCUUUGAUUUAAUGUUGAGUUUAGCUUCCUUUUAGCAGUGCCUGAAAAAAAGAAUGGCAGUCACAUGGGAGUAGCAAAAUGGUUUAAAACAGGUAUGCUCGCUGCACAUUGUGUUGAAGAAACAGAACUAGCAGAACGCAAAUCUGCAUACGUUUCUGCAGCGAUGCACUGUGACAGAUUUUAGCAUUUCAGUUCAGCUACAUGUUAGAGGAAUUACCACAAUGCAGUACUUGCUGUCUUCUUCCUGCGCACUCAGCAGCAGGUAUAUACAGACUGGUUUGCAGCAAACUGAUUCAUUACGGAGUGUAGAAAACGUGGAUCUGUUUAAAUUUCGUGGAUCUGUUUAACCAGCUCCUCCUCAGCAAGUUAUCUGAACCGGUACGAACCAGCUGCAAUGCCGUGAUAUGCGUGUAGAAACUGUGAGAGAGAUUGUUUGUUUAUUGUUUGUUUAACUUUGGGAAGCAACACCGCGGUCCGUGUUAGAUUGCACAGAGCUGACUGCUCGCCCAGCCCCUCAACGCAAACAUCCCGGGAGCGAGUGAAGCAGGUCGUUCCCAUGACAGCCAGACCUGUUGUGGAAUAUGCUGUAAUACUGUGUAACUGUAAAGCAACUCUGUGAAGUGCAGUAGCCUACAUAAACGGUGAAAAAUAACAAGAUCCACAGGAGCACACAAUAGGAUAAAGUUUGAAUGACGGAAUUGGGGGGGUUCCGUUGCCGGAACUGCAACAUGACGUUCCUUUCUAGAAGCCUGCUGGAUAAACACAAGGAGAACUUCUGCAUCGGCAGCGAGAUCGGGGACCCCUUCGCCCUGAACCAGAGGUUCACAGAGUCCUGGGACCAGGGCGGUGGACACAGCAGCUCCUGGAGAGGAGGGGGACCCAAGAGGACCCACACGCCGGAUUUCAUUAUGCUGAGAGAGCAGAAGAACCAUCUGCAGAGACACAGCCCUAGUGAAGAGCAGGCCAGCGAGAGAGAGCGGGGUGCAGGAAGGGGGUACGGGCUGGAGGGGACCAAUGUCUCAGACAGCCUGGCUCUGAGGAAGCUCACUGACGAGGUACCAGGGGCAGGGGGUGAGCGGGGUGCAGGGAGUGGGUACGGGCUGGAGGGGACCAAUGUCUCAGACAGCCUGGCUCUGAGGAAGCUCACUGACGAGGUACCAGGGGCAGGGGGUGAGCGGGGUGCAGGGAGUGGGUACGGGCUGGAGGGGACCAAUGUCUCAGACAGCCUGGCUCUGAGGAAGCUCACUGACGAGGUACCAGGGGCAGGGGGUGAGCGGGGUGCAGGGAGUGGGUACGGGCUGGAGGGGACCAAUGUCUCAGACAGCCUGGCUCUGAGGAAGUUCACUGACGAGGUACCAGGGGCAGGGGGUGAGCGGGGUGCAGGAAGGGGGUACGGGCUGGAGGGGACCGGCGUCUCAGACAGCCUGGCUCUGAGGAAGCUCACUGACGAGGUACCAGGGGCAGGGGGUGAGCGGGGUGCAGGGAGUGGGUACGGGCUGGAGGGGACCAAUGUCUCAGACAGCCUGGCUCUGAGGAAGCUCACUGACGAGUUUCACAAGCUUAGAAUGUCGAUCCAGGAAAGCAUGCCUACCUUCCCAGCCUGGGUUCCAGAGGUGGAGACGAGUCCUCGUCUGCACAGAGAGUGGGAGCACAAGGAGCGAGUCCGGGAGAUAGCGGAGACCCACGGGAGACACCUGGCAGAGAUCCAGGCAUGGAACAGGGACCUGGAGCAAAAGAGAGACGAGAUCCGGUGGAGGCUGUCGGAGCUGGCCACGCAGGACACUGCGACGGGACACAUCGAGACCAUGCUGCUGGAGAUGAGAGCUCAGGAGCAGAGGAACCAGCUGGCCCUGGACGAGCUCCGUGAGCAGAUAGAGAGCAUGCAGGCAGAGGCAGCGAGCAAAGCAGAGCCUGUCACCAGCGGCCUGGCCAACACUGCCCUCCCCGGGGAGAAGAAGGACCUGAGAGUCUCCUUCAACACGAUCCCCUUCACCAGCGGGAGCGGCACCCUCUCGUCCGAGAUCCGUGCCCUGCGGCUGGCUUACCUCCAGAGUGGAGGGACAGAGCCUGUGAUCCUAGCCCAGAUGCAUGACCUGCAGGUGGAGGCGCACACCCUGGAGAGACCCCGCGAGAAACCAGAGCCCCGGAACAAGAAGAGAAGACCGGAGGCCAGUCACCGGGCUCUGGACACGGAGCUACUGACUGUGGAGAUGGAGAACCAGCGUCUGGAGGACGAGAUCCUGAAACUGCAGCUGCACAGGGAGAAGCGCAAGGGGGAAGAGGAGCUCGCGGACUCGGGCCUGCAGGAGAUGCAGAUGGAGCACAUGCAGCAGAUGGCUGGGCUGCAGGCUGAGAUUGAGAUCCUGAAGCAGAAUGCAGAGAGGACGAGAGCCCCCCGAGGAAGGAGAACACCCCCACCCCUUCUCCCACCCCCACCCGCUCUCCCUCCCCCACCCCCCCUCUACCCUCCCGCCCCGGGGAUGCACCAGCCAGCCUUCCGACCCGGCGCCAUGGGUCACACAAAGCCCCAGACUCCCUUGAUGGGGAAGCAUGUGCUGGAUCCUCCAGAUGCGCUGGGCCCUUCCCCAUACGACCCGGCCGCCGGGUUUGUGAUAUUUUACGACUUCCUGCUGGGUCUGGAGCCCUCGCUGCGCAUGGUGCGCUUGGUGGCCGGUUUGUAUAACAGCGGGCAAGAGAUGGGCCGGCCCACACCACUGCCAGGGGUGCACUGCGAGGUCGGGGGGGCCCUGCAGUACGUCACGGAGGGGUACCCCGGAAACCUGGCUGUGCUGUCUGUUAAACAGCCCGUCCCCAGAGUGCGUCCAUCGCCCUCUAUCUCCCUGGUGGUUGAACUGCAGGCUUCAGGCGGGUUCGACACCUAUGGGCAGGAGAUCCAGAGGCUGGUGACCCGGGGCUGGACUAAAAUAGACAUCUUCGACCAUCACAACCAGGUGAUCAGUGGCUUCUGGAAGAUCCCUAUCCGCGUCCUACCGGUCAGGCCAUCGCUGACCACCGGGCAGCUGAACGGAGUGCCGCAGACGGGGGGCACUGAACUGUACCUGCGGGUGGUGAAUGCGCGAGAUGCGGACAUGCAGUCGCUAGCUAACAUGGAUCCUGGCAACGCGCUCGCCUACAAAUACCCCUCCAUGGUGUCUGCACGCACCGUCGCCCAUGCCGAGAACCCUCCCCUUCACCUCACCCCUUAUCACCCUUCAACCAAUCAUUACCUUUCUGUCCCUUCUCACAUUGAUCAAAUCGACCCUCCCCCUGUGGAGCCAGGCCCUGUCCAGCACAGAGCCAACCAGAGUGUUCCGGAAGUCUCUGCCCAGACUGGCGCUGCUGAAGAGCCUGAUGAGAAGAGCGUGGGCUUCAUAGUGGACCGAGUGAGUGACGCGCCCAGUGGAGACGGCAGCCUCAGACUCACUGGGUACAGCCAGCGAACAGGGAGGGUUAUCUUCACCAAGCACUCAGGCAUGGUGUGCAGCACCUCCGCAGUGAAAUCCAGCAUCAAGAAGGGCUGCUUCAUAUUCGGAGAACAGGAGAUGAUAUUCCGUGGCGUUGAGCCCCAGGCAGACAUGGUCCUGAUCGUGCGUUUCUAUCACUGGCCCGGUGGCAGCAAUGCCACGGCUCCGUGGGACGGGGACGGGAGCCUGAAGGGCCUGAGCGACAGGGAGGAGUGCGCCGUCGCCUGGGGGACCCUCGCGCUCACCAGACCAGCCGCCCCACAUAAGCACUCCAGAGUCUGUGCGGAGGUGGUGUGGAACAGCGGCACGCACUCUGUCCCUCUGUAUCAUGUGCCAGCACCCCCGGCCAUCGGCCUCAAUGCACUGCCCGGUGAUCGGCUGGUCGAGGCCUUUGAGCCGUAUGGGACCGCGUCGGUGCGUCUCCACAUGUACAGCGGAACAAGACCGGAGUUCCCCUUCCCCCCAGAGUCUCCGAUCGACACGCGAGUCUACCAAGAGUGGCCCAAUACGGCGUUCAUUUACCGGCAGCGAGAGCGCGCUCCCUCCCAGCCCUUCGUCUCUGGGGACGGGAUUGAGCUCUACAUUGACGGGGCUCGCUUCCUCCCGGACUCUGUGACGCUCAGCAGGGUCACCGGACGCAUCUUCAACAGGAACUACAACCAAAUCGGUCCCGACAUCUCCACUGGAAUCGACCUGAACAGCAACAUCUUCGAACCGUUCUAUAACCACCACGUGGAGGUCCGCAAUCCCACAAUGCCCCCGUCAGCCACUCUCUUGCUGAAGGUGUACGCUGUGGACCGCUUCAGUUUGAAGCUGGUGCUGAUUGGCUGGGCUGCCCUCAGCCUCUUCGUGGAGUCAGGCAGUGAAAGCCAGCCCAGCGUGGACACGACAGCAGUGCAGAUCUCGUUGAAUGAAGGGGCCCAUCAGCUCAGACUGUACCACCGUGGGCCAGACCCUGACAAGCCUUUAUCAGCCAGCUGUCUCGCAGCAGGGGGAGGGAGGGGUGUGCCCUGCGCCUCUCUGCUGGUGAGGCUGGUGAAAGCUCCAGUUGAUAAGAACCACCGAGCCCUGCUGAGGAGCGCGGUCCCCGAGGCGGACUGGGAGAGACUGGGGCUGUUCCAGCCGAGACCCCGCUACUCCGACGGGGUUUACUACUCCGACACAGCCAAGCCCAGCCAGGGGGAGGCCUGCCUCCACAGCGCCAUGAUCAACAGGUCCGUGGUUCUGGUUCGAGAGAUCCUGGACCUGAUAGCGGGGAGUCGAGCCCAGGAGCUGGGGUCGGACCUGGAGAUCUCAGAGUGGAUCAAAGACAAGCUGAACCACAUGAUGGACAGCAAGCCCAAGCCCUUCGACCUGGACCACGUCUCUCGCUACCUUACCAGCUACGGAGUGAAGGUGUCUGUGGACCGCGCUAAGAACCUGCCGUGGCCAGCCUUCACGCUGGCUCUCUGUUCCUUCAGUCCUCCCGCUGCGUUCUACCACGGGGCGUCCCGGGUCAGAUACGACCGGCCAGCCUUUGUGGAGAAGCUCGAUUUCAACAGCAGCCAGAGCGCCCCCGUGUGGCUAGAUGGAUUUAAGUCUUUUCCCAAAAGGAUCCAUGAUAAGUUCCUGGCUGUGGUUGUGCAUCUCUACGCGGUCUCUGUACACUCGGGCCAGGACGCCCCCAGGAAAGACAAGCGCGACAAGAAGGAGAAGCGGGAGGAGAGCGAGAGGGAGGUGUUGACCUACAGCUUGGGCGCCCAGGCCUGGACUGCCCUCCCAGUCUUCUCCAGAGGGUACUGCCACACUGGAGUCUACCAGCUUCCCCUGUACCAGGGAGCGCCCUCGCAGGCUGCCCUAGCUGCCCUGUCGCAGGGGGAGUGCCAGAGUGUCCUCGGGGAUCUGGUGCAAAAGAACAAGGUCCAGCGUCUGAAAGGCGCAUCCGUGUUCGUACGGAUUGCGGACGGCAGGAGAGAUGAAGAGCUGGAGGGCCUCAGUGAGAAGGAGACUGACCAGUGCUACCUGCCCCCGGAUCAGAGAGACUCGUACAGUGUGGAGCACGGUGGGGCGGGACUGUCCCAGCUCAUCCCAGCCGGGAAAUCACGGGACGAGUUCCCUGGACAGCUGGCAAACAGGUUCAGACAGCUGGUUUACCAGACCCUGAGGAACACAGCUGAGAACAGCACAGGACCGGCCCUGAUGGAGCUGAGUAAGGAUGGGGUUGAAACAGCUGCCCUGCCCCCCCUGCCGGCUCCACACCCCAGGACAGCAGACCUCAAACCCAACCCCACAAACACAGCACAGCCGAGCAAUGCAGCCCCCCACAUUCUCCAAACACCAUCGCUGAGGAUCCCCAGAUCAGAAUCAGCUCAGCAACACCCCCCUAAACCCCCAUCAGCACCCCCUCCCCCCGAACUGCUUAGAGCUAGGGUCCCCAGCUCACUGUGACCCCAAACUUAUUCUCAUGGGGAGGGGGGGGCACCAAAAUUAAAGCUUUUAUUUUUUAUAAACUGUCAAUGUAGAUCUCUUGACAAAUGCCUAGUGUUUUUAUAUUAUACUCUUAAAUAAAGUCAGAUUACAUUUU